GGGUCCUGGACAUGUUUGCUUCCGGGAUACAUAAAAGGGACUUUACUCGUGAUACUCUACCACUCUGCAUGACACAGCCAGUGCUAGUAUAUGCCGAUUUUCUCAAUGUCGGGGGGUAAACUCCUGAGGAGCGGAUGAAGAAACUAAUUUUGCUUUUAUUUACAUUCAGAGGACUAGUGAGGAAAGGGAAAAAGGGUAAAAAAAGAAAAUGGCCAUGUUUAUAUUACGCAAAGCUGAACCCAAGGACGUGUCGGAUAUCCUGCGACUCAUAAAGGAACUUGCUAAAUUUGAAGAAAUGGAGGAGCAGGUCGUGCUGACAGAAAAAGAACUACUGGAGGAUGGAUUUGGAGAUCAUCCAUUCUACCACUGCUUGGUUGCAGAAGUCCCAAAAGAGCAGAGCUCAGAUGAGCACACUGUGAUUGCCUUUGCCAUGUACUACUUUACGUAUGACCCUUGGAUCGGGAAGCUCCUGUACUUGGAAGACUUUUACGUCAUGGAUGAGUUUCGAGGUCUCGGUAUUGGUUCGAAAAUCCUGCAGGAACUCAGUGAGACGGCAGUGAGGACUCGGUGUAGCAGCAUGCACUUCAUUGUUGCGGAAAACAACACCAAGUCUAUUGAGUUCUACAAGCGCAGAGGAGCAACUGACCUUUCCUCUGCGGAGGGCUGGCGGCUUUUUGCGAUUGAAAAGCGGGAUCUGUUGAAAAUUAAUGCAAACUAGGGGUUGACAGUUGAUUAACUUGUGCUGACUGUCGGGGAUAAUCCUGUUCUUUCUAUUUUAUCAGUCUCCUGAGUCUGAAUAAAUAGUUUUAGCAAUCAAAUGUUCUCUUCGCUAAUAAACACUGUUUACUUAUUUCUGUUGAUCUAAGAUUCUAAUCUAAAAAAUGUAAACCUCUGUUGAUCAGUAAAUAAACAUUGAAACAUUGAACUUGAGAAUAACUGUUGGCAGAUGUUGAGUCAUUUUGAUUCUAUUUUUUAGACCUUUAAAUGUAUAAUUCUUCAACAAUUAGGGAAAGUUACAAAGAACAUUCAAAUGAAUAAUCUAACAGCCUGGUUCAUGACAUAAAUAGGUGUUAAUCAGAAUACUAUUCAUUAAUAUAGAUUAUAAAUAUAUUGUGUAUGUAAUGGGAUUACAUACAUAAAUCUACAUUACUCAAGCAAAUAUAAGUAGUUGUUGUUUAUUCAAAUGUAAGUCAAUUUUGCCCACCUGGCCAAUAACCAAGCCAAUUGCCAACAGAGAUAUUAAGGAAACAAAACACAAUGUACAACCUGCAUGAUGAGGUCUGUAUUUUUGACUUGUUAUUUCUAUCCAAUAACUUAAUUUUUAGGAAUUAUCAAACAACCGUGUGUAAGCUAAUCUUUUGGUAUGUGAUCUGGCUUCCUCACUCUGCAAGGUAUUGCAGAUUUACAUCAUUAUUUGUAUCUUUUUCACCCAUUUGAAGGAAAAACGAGAAUUACAACAGUAAUUCAAAGUAUUGAAAAUAUGUCAUACUCUGUACCUUACAAAUUAUGUCAAUGGGUAUGUAAUCUGUAAUAAAGUACAUUUUAAAGUAA